AUGGUUGAGAUGUGGUACGCCGUGGGAAUCGCCUACAAAUCAGCGCCGAAGCACGAGUGGAUUGGGAAGAAUUUGUCGUCGUGGGUUCUCUGCCGCUGCAACAACGCGUGGGCGGUCCGGCACAACAGUAAAGAGCUGGCCAUCGAGCCCUCCCCCCACCUGCGGCGCGUGGGGGUCCUGCUGGACUACGACGCCGGCUACGUUAGCUUCUACGACGCGGUGGGCUCCCAGCACCUGCACACCUUCACCGUGUCCUUCGUGCAGCCGGUGUGUCCCGUCUUCAACGUGUGGAACAAGUGUCUGACCAUCCUGACCGGUCUGCCCAUCCCGGACCACCUGGAGGUCAUCGAGGCCCACAGCUAA